AUGUCUCCUACAGAUCUUUCUCGCUUCGCAGAUCUUCCCUUGGAAAUCAGACUACGGAUCUGGCGAAGCAUAAUAGAAGGUGAUCUCAGUCCUCCUCGGCGAUCAUCGGCGACGUGCUGUGGGAGCCUAGAACCAUCGGAGCUCUCGGAAUUUGGAAACGUUCAAGUAUACCCUGGCGAAUGCCCCUGGCAUACUGGCGCUGGGCGUCGCAAAAAGGUCUGGUUUAGCACUGAAGCUGAUGUCUUUGUCAUUGACCCUAUCAGAAAGUUUACACUAGGUAGGUGGGAGAUCCCCACUCUCAAAUACGCGAUCCGAACCAUUGCUAUUCCACAAUCAAAAUUCGGCAUAAGCAACCACAGUCUGCACUGUGCACUACAUCUUUCCCAGUUGAAUGACGCACGCAACUUUAAGAGGUUAAAGACCUUGGUAAUCCUUCGGGAUGACCCGGCACAAGAAGUAACACCUCAUUUAGUCAUUCUAGACCCCGCCAUCCGCUCAACUUCUGAUAACAUCAGAGUCUCGAUCGACCCAACUCCACUCUCACAGGUGGAAAUGGAUGCAUUUGGAUAUACUGUCCCUUGGUAUAAUAGUUUCAUCUCUAUUAUUCGACAAAAGAAAGGUCCAAAUUGGGAGUUGCCUGAGAUCAAAUGGGGAUGCUUGGUUCGACACUGA